AGGAAAAACAGAGAAAGAGAGAGAGAGAGAGAGAGAGAGAGAGAGCGAGAGAUAAAAGAAACAAAUCCAGGAAGAGUGGGGUUCAGUCAGUCUCCUGUUAUCGGUCCGAGUUUUCGAACCAUGGACCUCCAGAGCACUGUCAAAGAAGCCCUAAACGCACUAUACCAUCAUCCUGAUGGAGCGGUUCGUAUGGAAGCCGAUCGCUGGCUCCAGGAGUUUCAGCGCACCCUCGACGCUUGGCAGGUGGCUGAUAACCUGCUUCAUGAUGCCUCUAGCAAUCUAGAAACCUUAAUUUUUUGUAGUCAGACUCUUAGAAGCAAGGUUCAGCGCGAUUUUGAAGAACUACCUUCGGAAGCUUUUCGCCCAUUGCGGGAUUCAUUAAAUAAUUUACUUAGAAAGUUCCACAAGGGCCCCCCAAAAGUCAGAACACAGAUUAGCAUUGCAGUUGCUGCCUUGGCUGUAUAUGUUGCCGCAGAAGAUUGGGGGGAUGGGGGUAUUGUAAAUUGGCUCCGGGAUGAGAUGAACGCGCAUCCAGAAUACAUACCAGCAUUCUUGGAGCUGCUUACAGUUUUGCCAGAGGAAGUUUUCAACUAUAAGAUAGCUGCUCGACCAGAAAGACGUCGCCAAUUUGAAAAGGAGCUGACAUUGCAAAUCGAGAUUGCUCUUAAUAUCUUAACAGCUUGUUUGAAUAUUAAUGAGCUUAAAGAGCAGGUUCUAGAGGCGUUUGCUUCUUGGCUUAGACUAAAGCAUGGGAUCCCAGGAAGUGUGCUUGCAUCUCACCCAUUGGUGCUCACUGCUCUCUCAAGCUUGAAUUCUGAAAUACUUUCGGAGGCAUCAGUAAAUGUUAUUUCUGAGUUGAUCCAUUAUACAGCAGCCGGAAGCUACAGUGCUGUUCCUGCUCAUAUGCCACUAAUUCAAGUAAUUGUUCCUCAAGUAAUGAAUCUGAAGGGGCAGCUUAGAGAUUCUUCAAAGGAUGAGGAAGAUGUGAAGGCCAUUGCUCGGUUAUUUGCUGACAUGGGUGAUUCAUAUGUUGAACUGAUAGCAACAGGUUCUGAUGAAUCAAUGUUGAUUGUGCAUGCAUUACUGGAAGUUGCUUCACACCCUGAGUAUGAUAUUGCUUCAAUGACUUUCAAUUUUUGGCACAGUCUUCAGGUGAACUUGACCAGAAGGGAUUCAUAUAAUUCAUUUGGUAACGAGUCAUCCAUUGAAGCUGAGAGAAAUAGAAGGCUGCAGGUUUUCCGACCGGCAUACGAGUCCCUUGUAUCCCUAGUAAGUUUUCGAGUUCAAUAUCCUCAAGAUGAUCAGGACCUUUCAUAUGAAGACCUCAAGGAAUUCAAGCAAACAAGAUAUGCUGUGGCAGAUGUCUUAAUUGAUGCAGCGUCAGUUCUAGGUGGUGAUCCAACGCUUAAAAUUCUAUACACGAAGCUAUUUGAGGCUGUAGGCAGAUAUCAGAAUGAUGAACACGGUGAAUGGCGUCCAGCAGAGGCUGCUUUAUUUUGCAUCCGUGCUAUUUCAAAUUAUGUAUCAGUUGUUGAAGCUGAAGUAAUGCCACAGGUUAUGAAUUUACUUCCGAAACUUCCACAACAUCCCCAGCUACUCCAAACAGUGUGCCUAACGAUUGGAGCUUAUUCAAAAUGGCUUAAUGCUGCAUCUAGUGGACUAUCUAUACUACCUUCAGUUAUAGAAAUCCUUAUGAGUGGCAUGGGCAAAUCUGAAGAUUCUGCAGCAGCUGCGGCCUUAGCAUUUAGACACAUUUGUGAUGAUUGCCGGAAAAAGCUUUGUGGAUUUUUGGAUGGCCUCUUUCAUAUAUAUCACAGGGCAGUGAAUGGUGAAGGUAGUUUUAAAGUCUCUCCUGAAGACUCGUUGCAUCUUGUUGAAGCAUUAAGCACUGUUAUUACAGAGCUUCCUCCUGAGCAAGCUAAAACAGCUCUGGCGAUGUUAUGCUCACCGGUCAUUACUCCAUUACAGGAAAUUGUCAACCAAGGUCCAGAAGUUUUAAAUAAAAAACCUGCACGAGAGUUAACAGUUCAUAUUGACCGGUGUGCCUACAUUUUCAGAUAUGUAUAUCAUCCUGAAGCUGUUGCAGAUGCAAUUCAAAGGCUAUGGCCAAUUUUUAAAGCCAUCUUUGAUCUUCGUGCUUGGGAUAUGCGGACAAUGGAGUCUCUUUGCCGAGCUUGCAAAUAUGCUGUGAGAACCUCUGGAAGGCUCAUGGGAGUUACAAUUGGCGCUAUGCUGGAAGAGAUCCAAGGCCUUUAUCAGCAACAUCACCAACCAUGUUUUCUUUAUCUCUCUAGUGAGGUCAUUAAGAUAUUUGGUUCUGACCCAUCCUGUGCAAAUUAUUUGAAAAGUUUGAUUGAAGCACUCUUUAUGCAUACAACUCAUAUUCUUACAAAUAUUCAGGAAUUUACUGCCAGACCAGAUAUAGCAGAUGAUUGUUUUUUGUUAGCAUCAAGAUGCAUUCGAUAUUGUCCUCAAUUAUUUAUUCCAUCCCCAGUCUUUCCAUCAAUAGUAGAUUGUUCAAUGAUCGGGAUUACAGUACAGCACCGAGAAGCCUCAAAUUCAAUAUUGACAUUCUUAUCUGAUAUAUUUGAUCUGGCAAACUCUAGCAAAGGGGAACAGUACUUACCUAUUAGGGAUGCUGUAAUAAUUCCUCGAGGAGCUGUCAUCACAAGAAUUUUGGUUGCUGCAUUGACUGGAGCACUCCCUAGCUCUAGACUAGAAACGGUAACAUACACACUAUUAUCGCUAAAUCGAUCAUAUGGGGCACAAGCUGUGGAGUGGGCUAAAGAAAGCGUUUCACUAAUUCCUUCGACGGCUGUAACAGAGAUCGAACGUUCAAGAUUUUUGAAAGCACUGUCAGAUGCUGCAUCAGGGGGUGAUAUUAAUGCUUUGGCGGUCCCGAUCGAUGAGUUAUCAGAUGUUUGUCGUCGGAACCGAACAGUCCAGGAGAUCGUUCAAGGAGCUUUGAGGCCGCUUGAGUUGAAUAUUUCACCAGUAUCAUAGGCAAAGGCAAGAUUGGAGUUCUAUGUAGAGUGGGGGCCAUUUUACCAGGCCUCGGUGAUUGUGUAUUAUUCUCUAUUUUUAAUCCAGUAUUUGUUGUGAUUCUCCAAUUUUUAAAGAGAAUCAUUGCCUCUUUAUAUUGGGUGGGAGAGUUGAUCAAUUGUUGUAUCUAUAUGUUGAUGAGUUGUGGGAUCUUUGAGUGGUUUCCUUUCUCUUGGCUUUGUCAUUUUUUGGGGUAAGAAAUAUCACAUGGUAUAGAGCUGUAGAUUAAGGUUAUGACAGGAUUUUUUCUUUUUUAUUUAGGGUUUCAUAGGAGUGUUUCAUUCUUCACAGUUGGGAUAUAUUUAUAAACCUUGGGUAAUUGCUGUACAAAUUACGGAAAUUUUGAGUUGAUUUGGUUUAUUUAUCAGUGCUCAAAA